AAAUUUCCGGUCUUAUCUCGCGAACUUUGCUUUGCCUGGCGCACCUAGAAUCGCGCGUCGUCAGUUGACAUCAAGCACUAAGAUAACAAUUCCAUCUCAACAACUAAGCUAACUAUUUCAAACUUUUCCUAAAGUAACAAUGAAUAAGAAAAAGCUUAGCAUUUCUUUGCUAGAAGCACUCAUCUUUGGAUUAAGUAUCACUCAUUUAGCCUACAGUCAAGAUGGUUCUUCAACAACUCCUCCCCCGAUUGUCACAGCAGAUGUCUGUAAUAUGUCCCUCAUAACAUCGAUUGAAGGAAAUGUUGAAACCAUCCUGAAAAAAUGCGUAUGCAAUGCCUUGGAUAAAGAUGUCAAUUGCAAUGAAUUGGGCAUUACAGAGUUGCCAAAUCUGAUAUCUUUUCCCAAAGGUAUACACACGGCAAGCUUCGAAGGAAAUAAGAUAUCAAGUCUAAAUGCUCAGACCUUCUAUAAUGGAAGGGAUAUUUUUGAAUUGGAUUUGAGUUUUAAUCGCAUUGAUUUUGUGAGCGUCAAGGCCUUCGAGGCUUUUAAGAGUCUUAAAAGAUUGGACCUCAGCCACAAUCGUCUCUGGAAUCUUCCAUCAAAUGCUUUUCAAGGUCUUGCCAAUUUAAGAAGUCUAGAUUUGAGCUCUAAUGACUUGCUUACCGUCUUCCCUGAACUAUUUGCACAUUUGACAGAACUCAGGGAGCUGAACCUCAAGUCGAAUCCGCUUCAAGAAUUGGAUUCCAAGCAAUUUGCGGAGCUACAGAAGUUAGAAGAUUUAAAUUUAGAAUCCACAUUGUUGAAGUUCAUCCCAGAUCACAUCUUUUUCUUCAUGCCAAGAUUGAAAUUCCUAAAUCUGGCAAAUAAUCAUUUGACUUAUGUUCCAACUGACGCCUUACAUGUUUUAGAUCAUGUCAAAUCUUUGGAUUUGAGUGGAAAUCCUAUCGAAAUAAUUCCACCAGAAGCAUUCAGAGGAAUGACAGGACUUGUAAACUUAUAUAUGGAUAGAAUGCCGAAUCUAAAGAAAAUUGAAAAGUAUGCCUUUGGGGAUAUGAUCCACUUGCAGGAGCUCCAUUGCAGCUACAAUUUUCAACUGGAUGAAAUCAGUGAACUAGCUUUUGUCAGAAAAGUAAAUAAUGAAAAGGUUGCUCUCUCUCAAUUGUUCCUUAGGCAAAACGAUUUAAAAACAAUACCAAAAUCCCUAUUGAAAUGGAAUGAAGAUUUGGAACUACAUAUUAGAGAAAACCCAUUAUACUGCGAUUGCAACAUGGAAUGGAUGGUCAAUAUCAAAUUAAAAAAUAACUUCCAAAUUCACGCAAGGUGUGCUGGUCCUUCAGAUUUCGAAGGCAUGUACCUGACCGACCUGAAAGAUAAUGAAUUAACAUGUGGUUUACACCUCUCCGAUGUUGUCCUGAUUGUGUGCGCCAUUGCCACAGCAGUCCUGAUUCUGGUGCUGAUCGUAGCUUUCCUUUUAUGGAGGCGGAGCUAUGCUGGAUACAGGAAACCCUACUUCUAUGCUAUUCCCAAAAAUAAGCACAUAAAUGACAUAGAUUACACAGGAGGAGAUGAUGGGAGCAUACUUUUAACGAAGAUGGCUUUGAAGUUUCUGAGCAAAACCAUGACCACAACUUCAAUCAUUCUACUAGUACUUUUGCACAUCAGUCUAACGAAUGCAGUUAAUCCUCUGUGCGCAGCCGUGUGCGUAUGUGAAAAUUUUGAAGAAGAAGGAUUUUACAAAGUGGAUUGUUCAAGAGUGUAUCUUUCUAUAGUGCCUCCAGUAGAUGAUUGGCCUAAAAAUAUAACUCACAUGGAUCUCAGUGCUAACAACAUAACAGCACUCGAUUUCGAACUUUCCCAUGACUCAGUCCAAGUCUUGGACUUAAGUCAUAACCAUAUUUCAUCAGUAGUCCAGUACGCUUUUGGUGGACUGAGCAAGUUAACAUACCUUAACUUGGCAAAUAAUAAAAUUAAGAGGCUUGAUGACAAUGGAUUUUAUGGCUUGGAUCAUUUAAAAUCUUUGAAUUUGAGUGGUAAUGGCAUGGAUUUCAUGCCAGAUGGACUGUUCUACAACUUUAUUGGAUUGCAGGAGCUGUCACUGGCCGAUAAUCCACUUGUUCAUAUAGAUCCAAUACACUUCAACAGAAUGAUCAACUUGAGAUGGUUGGACUUGUCGAAUGUGGAUGUGUACAUCUUGCCUCCAAAUCUCUUCCACACCACAGGGCAGUUGGAAUUCCUAGAUCUCUCUGCCAAUGAGUUUUAUGAAGUACCGACAGAUGCCUUAAGAAGUGCUAAAAGUCUCAAGCAUUUAAGGCUGAAUGAAAAUGCUCUGGAAUUUCUGGCUAAAAAUUCGUUUAAAAAGUUACAGACAUUGGAGGUACUUGAGUUGAAUAAUAUGGAUCAUCUGAAGGAAGUUCGUGAAGGUGCAUUUUCGGACUUAAUUAAUCUUCGCACCCUAGAGAUGAAAUUCAAUCGCCAUUUGACAACAAUGCAUCCAAAAGCAUUUGAAGGACUUUUCAAUCAAUCCAGACCAACUUUACAAGAAUUGGAUUUGGAAGGAAACCAUUUACAUUCAUUGGAUAAAGAUAUGAUACCUUGUGCUCGAAUCGCAAAAUUUAAUGUGCAGAGAAAUCCAUGGAAUUGUGAUUGUACCAUGAAGUGGAUAACGAGUUGUGAGCUACAAAGACUCUAUGCAGCUGAUUUGAGAUGUGCAGAGCCUGCCAAAUUCCGCAAUGCUUUAAUAUACAAUAUGGAAGAAAGUCAAUUUGAAUGCAAUUACUAUAACAGUGAAAUCGCCAAAAGUGAAAUCCACCACGCACACGUGGUCAAGACCAUAUCUGUGGGAUUAGCCGCUGGUCUCUUGGUCAUUCUGGCAUUCGGCUUGGCUGUUAUGUUCAAGUGGAAGAGUAUCAAGACAUGGUACAAAGGUAGUCGGAGGGGUCCAGGAGCUGUCUACUACGUGCGGGCUCGUGCUAACCCCAGAGAAAUAUAAUUCUGUUUCAUUUUGACGAUCUUGAUUUCAUUUCAUUUCUGUUGUUAACAUUAUUUUUGAAACUGUCCUUCAUAUAUUUUUUAUCAUUAUAAUAUAUUUGGAAUUUCGAUUUAUUAUGUUAUUUCAUUCAUUUUCAUAUUAUUUUUAGAUAAGGAUUUUCAAUUUUUUUUAUAUAUAUAUUAAAGAUAAAUGUUUGAGUUCUUCUUUCUUUUUCACAAAUUCUAAUGUAGGAAUACUUUCAAAGGAAAACGAUUUUUAAUAUUUAUGUCAGAAGCUGAUGAAAUUUUAAUUUGGUUCAUCUCAUUAUUGAAAAUCAUUUCCAAUUAUGCAAUUCUUUAUUAUUUAUGAGUGUUCAAUCAAUGCCACAAUUUGUAAAACAAUACACAGCAAUCCUCGUUUUUAAUUAUUUUUAAAACUAUCGUGUAUUUAAUAUUACUAUAUUUAAGAUUUUAUUCUAUUGCGCCUAUACUUCCAUUUCUUUUCACAUUAUCUUUAGAUAAACAUUUUCAUUUCAUAAUAUAUUGUAAAAAGAAAAUUUUAAUUUUUUCUUUAUUUCUUUUUACCAAUUUUUAAAAAAAGGUAUUUGCAAACAAACUGAACUUUUUAUAAAAAAAUUUUUAACAAAAUAUUUUUUUAAACUGUACAAAAUUUAUUUCUGAAACUUUUUCUUAAAUUUUCAAAAUUCUUUGUGUACCAUUUUUUUCUUCGAUCGAGACCGCAAUCCGCAAAACUAUAUGGAGCAAAUCCUAACCUUUCAUUAUUUUAAAAAAUUAUUUUUUCUCAAUAUUUUAUUGGUACAAUAUUUGUAAUAUUUCAUUGUUGAUCAAACGUCUUCAUAUCUUCUUACAUUAUCUUUACAUAAAUAUUUUUAUUCUGUAAUGCAUUUAAAAAAAAUGUUUGGGGUAUUUUAACAUUUAAAAAUGUAUGUAUUUCAAAAAAAUCUAAAAUUUCUGUCAGAAAUAGCACAGAUACAAACUCCAUUCUUUUUAUUAUUGAAAAUACCCUAAACCAUGAAAACCUAUUUCCCUUAUUAACCGCAUUUGAUGAAAUCUACAAAUUGAAUCUAAACUAAAACUAUAGAGCGCUAAUACCUAUUUUUCAUAGUUCUCGUAAACUGACUUUCACACUUUUUUUUGUUUUGUUAUUAUGAUAUCCUUGGAAUUUUAAUACUUGUCUGUGUGUAUGAUUUCUUUCCGUAUAUAUUUAAAUAAAAUCUUUCAGUUGUAAGAUAACUUUAAAAUAAAUUUCUUUAUUCUGUUUAACAUAGAUAAAAAUAGCUAUUUAUUAAAGAAAUAUUUUAAAAUAUGUAUUAUUAAAAUUCAUAAUGCGAAUUUCAUUAAUUUCAUUUAUAAAACUUGAAUUAAAAACUUUGGAUAAAUAUUGUAUAAUAGAAUUCUUUUUUAUUUGAUCACGUGAGCAUAUUUAAUAAUUUAAUAAAAACUGGCCACAUUCGAUAAAUUAUAAAUAAAAACAAUGCAGAACAAGGGAUAACGUUUUUAUAUUUAGUUUGAAAUACAGAUGUCAUAUUUAUCUAAUGGCAGCAUUUAUUGGUAAUCUUUUAUUACAUGUAAGGUAACUGUUUCAUUUCUAUGUCCUGUUAUGAAGUUUUCAACGGUGAAAUCGAAAUCCGAACAAUGAUAAUUGAUUUGUAAUUUCACAACUAUGAUCCUUUAUUUCAUCGGUUUUUAAAGUGUAUUUAAAACGAAUAAAUUUAAAAUGAAGUUUCAGAAAAGUUUGUUAUUUUAACAUAAUGUCUUAUUAAUAGUUUCAUUAUCAUUUUUUUUUCUCUCUCAAAGAAAUACAGCUGAUAAGACCCAUAAUUAUGUUUGAUAAAUUUUCUAACCAUUAUCCAUAUCGAUUUUAACAUAUUGUUUUAUUAAUGUUUUCAUUAUCAUUUAUUCCUUUUUAAAAUGGCACAUAGACGAUAAGAUUGAUAAUCACAUUUGAUAAAUUUGUGAGAUAUUAACGAUAUUCAUUGUCUGUUAUGCCAACAAUAUGUACAAUGCAAAUUCUAGUCAGUGUUGUGUAGUUAUCUACGUCUAAUAAAAAUCGGUUUUUAUUGAA